GGAGGCGUCCAAGCCUUGGUGGUCAGCGCAGACUUAAAGUGAACGAGCGCGCACUUCCAGCGGCCAUUCAGUCGGAAGAGGGGACACAGUGAAGGUGUGCUGCUGUGCCGUUUAGUCAUCCCUCCCUCUGACCGGUUAAUAGAUAGAUACCCCCGUCGCUGUUGUUUUACUCCUCCCCCGUUAAACGGUUAGAUCGAUCAUGUACCGGUACUUCGGGGAGCUGUUAUCCCGCGGGGCGGGCAGUGCCCUGGCCUCGGGCUGCGUGGAAUCUGCUCUCCCAGCAUCGGCCGCUCUGAUGCGGGUCCGACAGUAUAGUGAACAGCCCGACGACCCCAACUUCUUUCGUAUGGUGGAGGGUUUCUUCGACCGCGGAGCCGCCAUCGUUCAGGACAAGCUUGUUGAGGACCUGAAGAGCAGGGAGACACCCGAGCAGAAGAUGAAACGAGUGAAGGGGAUUCUCCGCAUCAUCAAGCCCUGCAACCACGUCCUCAGUGUCUCUUUCCCCAUCAAGAGGGACAACGGAGAGUGGGAGGUAGUGGAGGGCUACCGCGCACAGCACAGCCAGCACAGGACGCCCUGCAAGGGGGGGAUCCGUUACAGUGAAGAGGUGUCUGUUGAUGAGGUGAAGGCUCUGGCCUCUCUGAUGACAUACAAGUGUGCCGUGGUCGAUGUACCAUUCGGGGGGGCUAAAGCUGGUGUCAAGAUCAACGUCAAAAAUUACUCUGACAAUGAGUUGGAGAAGAUCACGAGAAGGUUCACCAUUGAGCUGGCCAAGAAAGGUUUUAUUGGGCCUGGUAUUGAUGUUCCUGCUCCUGACAUGAGUACUGGAGAGAGAGAGAUGUCCUGGAUCGCUGACACAUACGCCAACACCAUCGCACACACCGACAUCAACGCCCACGCGUGUGUGACAGGCAAGCCCAUCAGUCAGGGCGGGAUCCACGGGCGUAUCUCGGCCACCGGUCGCGGAGUGUUCCACGGAAUUGAGAACUUCAUCAACGAGGCGUCCUACAUGAGCAUGCUGGGCCUGACCCCUGGCUUCCAGGACAAGACCUUCAUCAUCCAGGGCUUUGGUAACGUGGGUCUCCACUCCAUGCGGUACCUCCACAGGUACGGUGCUAAGUGUGUGGGCAUCGCUGAGUAUGACGGCAGCAUCUACAACCCAGAGGGCAUUGACCCCAAGCAGCUGGAGGACUACAAACUGCAACACGGUUCGAUCGUAGGUUUCCCCGGGGCUAAGCCAUACGAGGGCAGCCUUCUGGAAGCUCAGUGUCACAUCCUGAUCCCUGCCGCCAGCGAGAAGCAGCUCACACGAAACAACGCCCACAGGAUCAAGGCCAAGAUCAUUGCUGAGGGAGCCAACGGCCCCACCACCCCUGAUGCUGACAAGAUCUUCCUGGAGAACAAUGUCAUGGUCAUCCCUGACAUGUACCUGAAUGCAGGCGGUGUGACAGUGUCCUACUUUGAGUGGCUGAAGAACCUGAACCACGUCAGCUAUGGAAGACUCACCUUCAAAUACGAGAGAGACUCCAACUACCACCUCCUCAUGUCUGUUCAGGAGAGUUUGGAGAGGAAGUUCGGAAAGCAGGGAGGACCGAUCCCUGUUGUCCCCACCGCUGACUUCCAGGCCAGAGUCGCUGGAGCUUCUGAGAAGGACAUUGUCCACUCUGGGCUGGCCUACACCAUGGAGAGGUCUGCCAGGCAAAUCAUGCGUACGGCCAGUAAGUACAACCUGGGUCUGGACCUGCGGACGGCUGCGUAUGUCAACGCCAUCGAGAAGGUGUUCAAGGUCUACAACGAGGCCGGCAUCACCGUCACAUGAUCACCUUGUCACAGCCAGACCACUCCCACACCACCCUGCUAUUGGUUCACCCUGUUUCCCCAUUUUCCAAUCAGCCUUCAGUACAUACCAGUGUUUCCAUUAGAGACCUCCGCCUCCCGUUUAUACACACACACACUGACACGUACUGUGUUCUGUGUCCCAUGACCUCGCCACAUCUCCCUGUAUCACGUGGGUAACUCAGUAUUCCUGUGUCCCAUGACCUCGCCACAUCUCCCUGUAUCACGUGGGUAACUCAGUAUUCCUGUGUCGUCCUGGAUGUUUCACUAUUGUCGUUCAGUUUGUGAAAGAAGCAGAUUGUAGCAGGAAGCUUUAAGGCCCCCCCCCCCUCCUAUAAGAGUUCCCUUUUGGCCAUUUUGUCUUGUUUGACCCUUGUGUUGCCAUGGUUUCAGACCACAACAAUGAAGUUGCCUUAGCUCUGACGGAGCUCUGUCCUGAAAAGACACACAUACUGAAAUCCAUUUAAUGUUAACUCCGGACAUAUACUUUAUUUAAAGAAAGAGAGUUUUAAACUCUCACUUUAUGUCAGGGAAUGGUGAUAUAUGUGUUCCUCAGUUCUCCUCGCAGCGGGGUUAGAGGUCAGGGUUAGAGGUCAGGGCUCAGGGUUGUGCUGAGGAACACAGGGUUCUACUGGGUUUGGUCUCCACUAUAUCAGUCCCCCCACCUUCUGCUCCUAUCUUGUCCAAUCUGACCCUCCCCCAAACCCUCCGCUCCGCCAUGAGAGAGAGAGGAGAGGAUCAUGGGAACAAGCGUUCUCCUUCUCCAAAAAGCCGUCCAAACCCUUUGCACGGAAAUUGCUUGGGGAAAUUUGUAUUGCCUUUUUUUUGUUGAAAACCAAUAAAAUUCUGAGAACUAA